UGCCGGUGGGGUCCGGUCCAAAGGAUCGCACUGCAGUCGUGUGUCGCGACUACGACGCGCGCUCGCGGCUCCGUCGCGGCUCCGACCGCCUUACGUAAUAAUAACUCAACCGAUCGGAAUCCUGUCUUCGAUCAUCGAUCGUUACGUGUGUCGUCUCAACUGUCCGAUCGACAGUCUAAUCAUCGAUCGAUUAUUCGAUUCAAUAUUUAAAUCAAUUUCGCCGCGAAUAUCCGUUUUGAGUUCGUGUGACAAGUUUAUUGUUUUUGUUUCUUUGACUCGAACUUGAGAGAGUUGUAUCGCACGGACCCGAGUGUGGAUUUAUUUAGUAAUAUUGAUAAAACGUUUUGUCACUCUGUGCGUGUGUGUCGUUCGGCUGGAAACAAAUAAUAUUACGAAUAUCUGUGAUUUGUUUUGAACUAAAAAGUGAUUGUGGACACAGAAAGCUUGUGUUUGUGACUUCUGACUUAGAGAACAAGCGAAAACGGCACGCGAACUCGCCUAAUAAAAGAACAUUCGACUGAAGGAAAAUCGAUUCUCGAAUUGAUUGCGCGAGUAAAGAAAUGCUUGUGAAUGAGGUCGGCGAGUGCGUGCGGUCGCGCUGGUGACGGCGGCGGCAUGAGCCGGGCGUGAGGCCAGCCGGAUGCACCCCACGGGCGCGGCCAGCCUCCCCGCCGCACCCGAGGCGGAGGUGCAAGCUAUGCACUCGAUGGACUGGCUCUUCAAGAAAGAGAGGAUCUAUCUACUCGCGCAGUUCUGGCAACAGAGAGCCACACUGGCCGAAAAGGAAGUCACCACGUUGAAGGAACAGCUAGCGACCACAAGCCCCACGCCUCUCCAAGCCAACAUACCACCAAAGACAAAUGGCUCCCACUUAGACCUAACCAGGGAACCCACAGAUACUAGAAUAGACCGAUAUAGUCCAGAUAUCAAAGAAGAGAAGAGACAUACCCCUGAAAUUGAUGAGGAUUUAGACAAGAUGGAAAUGGCUGCCACGGCUAGGAGUAAUAGUAAUUCAUCUAGGAGUAGUCCUAUCGUUCAGGGAGGAAGUUUGGAGAAUGAGUUGGCAGCUAAAGAGAAAGAGAUCGCUCAAUUAGUAGAAGACGUAAGAAGACUGCAGGCAUCUCUGUCAGCAUUGCAAGAAGCUCACGCACAACAGCUCCAGAGGCUGGAGGAGCGUCUAGAUGAGAAGAAGCAACACAUAGCGAGGCUGGAGGCGCGGCUGGACAACCAGAGGGACUAUGACGAUAUCAAACGGGAGAUCAGCAUGCUUCGAUCGUUGGACCUCGGCGCCGGCGAGCGGUCGUGCGACAGGUCCUUAGAGCGGAAGCCGGCGCCGCCCCGGUCGCCGAGCGCCGCGCCCACACUGGACGAGCGGAGCCCCGCCGAGCGCGAGCGGAGCGCCGAGCGACGAGACGCAGGUGCCGAGGAGUGGCCCAGCACCCCGCCGCCGCUCAACAACAACACGACCCAUCACAACAACAACGGGCCCACGCCGCUGCCCCUCCCGCCGCCCAGCCCCUUCAGGUUCGAGGAGCACCGCCCCUAUCGGUUCGCAGAGGACAUGGGUCCGCUGCCGCCGGGGGCGCUGGUGGGUCGGCUGGGCGACUCGCUGAUCCCCAAGGGCGACCCCAUGGAGGCACGGCUGCAGGAAAUGCUCCGAUACAACAUGGACAAGUACGCGAACAGCAACCUGGACACGCUGCACAUCAGCCGCAAAGUGCGGGAGCUGCUGUCCGUGCACAACAUCGGCCAGAGACUGUUCGCCAAGUACGUCCUGGGCCUCUCGCAGGGCACGGUCUCCGAGCUGCUCUCGAAGCCGAAGCCCUGGGACAAGCUGACGGAGAAGGGCCGCGACUCGUACCGGAAGAUGCACGCGUGGGCAUGCGACGAGGCCGCCAUCAUGCUCCUCAAGUCUCUCAUUCCUAAAAAAGUAGGGACGAAAGAUGGCACUCCAGGUCCCGGCUUCGGUAGAUCAGAAGGAGAAGGCGACGACCGUCUUGCUCACAUGCUCAGCGAAGCUUCACACCUUAUGAAAACCCCAACAGGACACCACAAUAAUGAUGACUCUAGGAGUAAUGAGGAUUCCAGCUCACCAAGGACCCAGUGCCUCUCACCGUUUUCAAAUAAGGAUUCGAGUCAAAACCGAAGACUUAAGAAGUACGAAAACGAUGACAUUCCUCCGGAUAAAGUCGUGCGCAUCUACCAUGAAGAACUGGCUAAGAUCAUGACCAGGCGGGUUGAAGACAUGCGCCACAGCCGAGAUAGCUUCCCUGGCAUGCUUCCCCCUUUUUUCAGCAGCGGUAUGGCUCCACACAUGGAGAGACCGCCCGAGGACAUUCGCAUGGCGCUCGAGGCCUACCACAGGGAGCUGGCUAAGCUCCAGCCGGGGACCAACAUUCCCAAUCUCCACAACUUGCCAGGAAUGCCGCCCUUUCCGAACCUGCUCGCCCUGCAGCAACAGGCAAUACAGCAAGCUCAAAACCAACAUAUGAAUGGCUCGGGGGCCAUUCAAGAUUUGUCUCUUCCGAAAGACAAAACUAUGAAAAUGAACGGAAUGACUGAUAGUGAUAAGGACAAGCCAUUAGAUGCCGAAGAGGCGAUACGCCACGCAGGUAGUGCGUUCUCAUUGGUCCGACCUAAGCUAGAGCCCGGACAGCAGUCCACGGGGUCGUCUGCUUCCAGCCCACUAGGGAAUGCUAUUCUACCACCCGCGAUCACGCCCAACGAGGACUUUACUAGCUCAGCAGCGGCAAGCCCCUUGCAGAGAAUGGCCUCAAUAACUAAUAGCUUAAUAUCGCAACCAACAAAUCCCCCGCACCAUCCGCCGCCACAAAGAUCCAUGAAAGCUGUACUACCGCCGAUCACCCAACAACAGUUUGAUCUCUUUAACAACUUGAACACGGAGGAGAUAGUCCGACGGGUCAAGGAAGCAUUAAGCCAGUACUCCAUAAGCCAACGUUUGUUUGGGGAGUCAGUUCUUGGUCUCUCUCAAGGAUCGGUCAGCGAUUUGUUAGCGAGACCGAAACCCUGGCAUAUGCUUACGCAAAAGGGAAGGGAGCCAUUUAUCAGGAUGAAGAUGUUCUUAGAAGACGAUAAUGCUGUUCACAAGCUGGUUGCGUCACAGUACAAGAUUGCACCCGAGAAACUGAUGAGAACCGGAAACUACAGCGGAGCACCUCCUUGUCCGCCAAACAUGAACAAACCGAUGCCGCCGACGCAAAAAAUGAUCUCAGACGCCACGUCUCUACUGAGCAAAAUGCAACAAGAACAACUGUUGGGUCCGGGACACCUGGCACAUCUCGGACAACCCACGCCGCUGCUGCUCACCCCUCCUGGAUUCCCUCCUCACCACGCCGUCACUCUGCCACCGCAGCACCACGACAACAACAACAAGGAAAGGAAACCUCCGCCUCCUCCACAGCCACAUCACCAGCCUCCAGUGAUGCGGACCCUGCACCAACACAUGACACCCAGCGUAUACGAAAUGGCCGCUCUCACGCAAGAUCUCGACACGCAGACCAUCACGACCAAAAUAAAAGAAGCUUUGCUUGCGAAUAAUAUCGGACAAAAGAUAUUUGGUGAAGCAGUUCUCGGCCUCUCGCAGGGAUCGGUCAGCGAAUUAUUAUCAAAACCUAAACCUUGGCACAUGUUAAGCAUAAAAGGUAGGGAGCCCUUCAUUCGGAUGCAGCUUUGGCUGAGCGACGCUCACAACAUCGACCGCCUUCAGGCGCUCAAGAACGAACGACGCGAAGCGAACAAACGGCGGCGGUCGAGCGGUCCCGGACAGGACAACUCGUCCGACACCUCCUCCAACGACACCUCUGAGUUCUACCACUCCAGUUCGCCCGGACCCAACUCUGGAGCUCCCUGUGCUAAGAAACAAAGAGUCUUGUUCUCGGAAGAGCAGAAAGAAGCGCUGAGAUUAGCUUUUGCCCUUGAUCCGUAUCCCAAUAUGCCCACAAUAGAAUUCCUGGCUGCCGAGUUAGGGCUAUCCACCCGUACCAUUACGAACUGGUUCCACAAUCAUCGUAUGAGGCUCAAACAGCAGGCGCCCCACGGGCUACCGUCAGAGCCGCCGGCACGAGAACAGUCCUCGGCACCUUUCGACCCCGUUCAGUUCAGGCUACUUCUAAAUCAGAGACUGCUGGAACUACAGAAGGAGAGGAUGGGCCUGGCCGGAGUUCCGCUCCCCUAUCCUCCGUACUUUGCAGCGAACUCGAACCUCGCCGCGCUGAUUGGACGUGGGCUCGUCGCUCCCGAAGAAGGGAAAGACACAGCCGGUGGACUGGACCUCACGAUGCCGUUGAAACGCGAACCUGAUGGAGACGACUUCGAAGACGACGACGUCGAGAGCAACCUCGGCUCCGAGGACUCGCUAGACGACGAAUCUAAGACUGAACCGAAAGCUUCCUCGACGCCCCAGGGUCGAUCCAGCAGACGGAAGCCUGCGGCGCCGCAGUGGGUCAACCCGGACUGGCAGGACGAGAAACCGCGCAACCCCGAUGAAGUCAUCAUCAACGGCGUCUGCGUCAUGCGCGGCGACGACUUCCGGCGCGACUCCGAGGAGACGGUGCGCGUGGAGCCCUCCCCCGCGCCCCCUUCGCUCGCGCCCCCUCCCUCGCUGGUGGCGGCCCCCCCGCACCCCGCGCCCUCGCCGCCGCGCCUGCUGCACGACGACAAGAUCAAGUCGGAGGCCGAGGACGACCGGUGGGAGUACUGAGCGCCGCUCGGGGUAGGUUAGUUCGAGUGUGAGGCCAAAGACUGUAGAUAGCCGCGUAACGUUCUGUCGGAACUCGAGAUACAAACGAUGCAUUUGCUUUAAUAUUUGUUAACGUAGUUAGUUGUCCUCGGGCGGCCCGCGUCGAGCCGCUGCUCGUUGUAAAUACACUGAAUACCAAAACUGCGGCGCGGCCGGUGUGCGGGCGGCCUGUGGGCGGGCGGACAGUGUGCGGGCGGGGCGAGGACCAGCUCCCUGAGACCGUUUAGUUAUAGUUUCCUUUAUUGUUAGUUGAAACUUGAAGUGCAAUCAGAUGUAAAUUUAAGAUAUCGUCUACUGAACCCCAGUUGAAAAGUAUUAUUAUGUUAAUAGAGAACCCGGAGAGGUUAUAAAAUAUUAUGAAUUAAUUGGGUUUUAAGAUUUUUACUUUUAAAUUAUAAAGUUUUAUAGUCUAUAUUAUUGUAUCUAUUACAUACAUGUUUUCUAUUGACGUGCGAGAUCGCUCAAACUUGUGAUUUUCUACUUUUUUACUUUUUGUUUUUGAAGACUAUCUACCUAUUUAAUUUUUAUAAAUUUCAAAAUGGCUUCCUUUUAAAUGAUAGAUAAGAAAACGUACAAAAAACGCGGAGCCGAGCGAGGCGCCGCGCCCGCCGCGCGACCGACGCGGCGACGCGCACCUCGCUCCGGCUAUGCUUGUAUUUUAUUUUAGCAAUAAAACUUGCUUUUAAUAUUAUUUCAGUUUUUUCUUUCCUCUAUUGUCCUUUUGUUAAAUGGUAGGAAUAAGGUGAAAUGUACAUUUUGAGGGAACCACAAUCCUUGCAACGAUGUAAAUAAUUGCAGUUUAUAGUGUAAAUAAUUAAAUAAAUGUACAACUUAUAGAUAAUCGAAUACAUACAUAAUAUAGUUAAUUAGUUACCUAGAACCGUUAACCGUUAAUUUCCUGAAAAUGACUUCAGACCUACUUAAAUGUGUAUCCAAAAACAAUGAAAUUUGUUAGGCAUCUUAUUAAAAAGGAAAAAAAAUGACGAAAUGUUUUUUCGAAUGUAUUCGUGACAAACGUCUCAUUUUUUAACAAAGACAGUUUUAGGAGAAAAUAAAACAAUACAUAUCGAUGUUAUUUAUACAAUAUUGUAAGCAUUAUGAAUAGCAUGUAAUAGUAAAUUAAUAGGGCUGUUUGACAGUAAGAGAAAUAGCCGUUUUCAAUAACGUUAUACCAGCUAUUUUAAAAUUAAGAUACUACGUGAUAUGGAAAUAACAUGUUAUUUUAUCUCGGCUUAUCGCUUCAACCAUUCUAUUGAAUUUAUUAUUGUUAUCUUUUGUAGUGUGUCUCAAACCACUUCAAAUAUAUAGUACUGUAAUUUUUAACCAUUUCAAGACAACAUGUAAAUGAAAAUUAACCUGUAAGUCUUCCAAUGAAUUUUAAUCGUAAACUCUUUUCGUAUUCAAUUCUGAUACAUUUUUGUAUAAGAUGUAAAGAAAAAUGAAACUAUUAUUUAACUUAUAAUUUUACUUAGUAAAUUAAACAAGAAAGACUUUGGAUUGUUAAAAUUGAUCUUCAAGUAUUUUGUUACAUCAUCAAUAUUCUAAGGAACGAACUUUGAGACACAAAACACAUACAAAUUAUUUCACAUUAUUCUAAUUGUUAUUGUGUUGUAACGUUUCAAGUGAUAGCAUUAUUGUAAAUACAGGUAGAAGAUAGUUAUAACGCGUUAUCAACAUUAUUAACUAAUAGAGGUAUUAUUAUAAAAUAGCGGUAAUUAUUAUUGUUCAUAUCAUAAUAUUAAAAGUAAUGAUGCUGAAACCAUUGUCUUCUCUCCGAACGAUUUCUAAACUUAUUAAAAUUUAAAAUAAAGAAAUUGCUA